CCAACCACGCGUCCGUCUCUCCAUUACUCUCUGACUCACGUCGAUGGCCUCUGCAACCAAACCCAUCGCCGUAUCUGUCCUCCUCUUACUCAUCUUUACCAUUUCUCAGUGCAAAUCCAGAGAGGAAGACCCAACACCAGCUCCAUGGCCCCACCAAUUCCACUCCAUACUAUUCAUGAACCACAGCGGAUCCCUCCAGAUAAUCGAUCUCUGGUACGACUGGCCCAAUGGUCGAAACUUCAACAUCAUACAGGACCAGCUGGGUAAGCUUCUGUAUGACCUAGAAUGGAAUAAUGGGACUUCCUUCUUCUACAGCUUGGACUCCAGCAAAGAGUGCAGAACCGCAAAGGUUGAGGUGGGUAUUCUUCGCCCCAAUUGGCUCGACGGCGCCAACUACCUGGGUCAGCGCCACGUGAAUGGGUUCCUCUGCAAUGUUUGGGAGAAGGUGGACUUCAUUUGGUAUUACGAGGAUGUUGUCACUAAGAGGCCUGUUCUGUGGAUUUUUUACACAGGGAGGGAGGCACAUGUGAUGACAUUUGAGGUGGGAGCGGUGCUUGAGGAUGCCAAGUGGCAAGCCCCUGUCUACUGUUUUGAGAAGAGGGAUGAUGGAAACGACCCAAAAGCGCGGCCAUUCAUUCGCCAUUCCCAGCGGUUCUCGGGAGCGUUUGCUUAGAGUUAGAGGCGCUCUCAAUUAAUUAUCUCUGAAGAAUAUGAUGCAUCAAUCAUCAUCAAUCAUGCCUGUGUUUGUAUGAUCAACUUUGUGAAUUCAUUCCGUUUGAGAAUAAUUGUCCCCAAUAUCCUCCUUUAUGAACUUUA